AGUCUGACAAGUUGACUGUGGAAAAGUUUAGAGAGGAUGUGUGGUGUGAGAAAAACAGGCUGCGCUGCGAACAUUGUUCGACUAUAGUAGAAGACCAAAAUAACGGACACAGUGGACUAAUUUGCUUUCUAACCACUGUUGGAUUCAACGUUUAAUGACUUUUAUUAUUUGUACUACAAAAACACUAACUGGGAAUAAUGUUUUUCCGUUGGAUUCUACUGGUUGUCUCUUUGACGAAUUUCCUGUGGGACUUUUAUGUGUCCAGUUGUGAUGAGAACUGUGCAGAUAAACCUGACUUCACUCCCUCCAUACUGGUUGUCAAGUUUGGUGACCCGACCUCUGCCAGCUGCUCUGCGUGUGAACGUGCCUGCAUAGGCCACAUUUUUAAAAUCGAAAGCAAUUCAGGAAAGACAGAAACAGACGGAACCGUGAUUACAUGGACGGUCGACAGGCUGACUGAGUGGGACGCAUCACCCUUGUGCUACUAUACCAUUCCUCAAGCCCAGUGUUGUACCACCCUGCCUGUGACUGUCUACAAGCCUCCAGACAAUGUGUCCAUCAGCUUUGAUAAUCACACUGGGCCAAUGUUUGAGGGUCACCAGUACACUCUGCAGUGUACAGUGGAGGAAGUCGCUCCUAUUGAAAACCUCACUGUGACUUUUUAUAAAGGACAAACAACACUGGGUCAACUUCAUUCUGAAAACAUCACAGAGAAGAAACCAGUGACUGAGACAUUCACUUUAGACAUCACCCCCAGUAAAGAAGAUGAUGGAGCCCAGUACUGGUGUGAAGCAAAGCUGGAACUGGGACCUGAAGGACCACAGCCCCCUCCAGUGGUGAUAUCACAAAAGAUCCCAGUCACUGUGCACUAUGAGCCUCAGAUAGAAUCAUCUCAUGCACAUACGAUCACCAUCACAGAGGGAGACCCUCUACAACUGAACUGCUCAGCUGUGGGAAACCCCAGCCCCUCGUACACCUGGACGCUCCCAUCGACUCACUCUUCCUCCCUCAAUAGCAGCGUUUUCACUAUCGACUCUGUAACUGCUGCGGAUGAAGGGCUGUACAACUGCUCUGUCAGCAACAUCAUGGGGAAUGUCACUGUGAGGUUCAGAGUGGUCGUCCAAGGUUUAACCACAACCACACUGCCAACAACAACUACAACAGCUACAACAACCGCAACAACCGCAACAACCGUAGCCACCACAACAACCGUAGCCACCACAACAACCGUAGCCACCACAACAACCCCAAAGACAACAACCACCCCGAACAGUGCCACCACCAGCAGCGCACUGCUUCACGGGUUCAUAAUGUGUUUCAUGCUUUUCUUCUCUACUCUGGUUCCAUACAUUUUCAUCUGCUUCUACGGGGCCAGGUCAUGGGGGCAGCAGGCCAAGCAAAGCACACCACACGUGCCUCUCCCCAGCAACGCUUUCCAGCUCCUCCUGGGGGACCCAAAGGCGUUCCCAGCCCAGAUGAGAUAUGAUCCCUCCAGUGUGUUCUGGGUCUGCCCCGGGGCCUCCUACCGGAGUGGCAGCUCUACUUUGAGCUCCAACCGGAAGUACCCUGUCGCUAUGGCUGAGCCCAGCAACCCCACGGAGAGAACUCAUUUCAACUGGAUGUUUCUUACUUUCAAUUUUGAGUCGCAGUCUCUCUGGCCAUCUUUGGGCUCGACCGUUUGUAUUACCGUGCAUCUCGUUCGCUUACAAGACCCACCGGAGACAAUGUUUAGCUAUCACAUCUUUGUGGUUGUGUCUUUGAAUAUUCUGCGUGACCUGAGUAUGUCCGUUUCUGGCUGUGAUGAGAACUGUGCAGAUAAACCUGAGUUCACUCCCUCCAUACUGGUUGUCAAGUUUGGUGACCCGACCUCUGCCAGCUGCUCUGCGUGUGAACGUGACUGCAUAGGCCACAUUUUUAAAAUCGAAAGCAAUUCAGGAAAGACCAAAACAAACGGAACCGUGAUUACAUGGACGGUCGACAGGCUGACUGAGUGGGACGCAUCAUCCUUGUGCUACUAUACCAAUCCUCAAGCCCAGUGUUGUACCACCCUGCCUGUGACUGUCUACAAGCCUCCAAACAAUGUGUCCAUCAGCUUUGAUAAUCACACUGGGCCAAUGUUUGAGGGUCACCAGUACACUCUGCAGUGUACAGUGGAGGAAGUCGCUCCUAUUGAAAACCUCACUGUGACUUUUUAUAAAGGACAAACAACACUGGGUCAACUUCAUUCUGAAAACAUCACAGAGAAGAAACCAGUGACUGAGACAUUCACUUUAGACAUCACCCCCAGUAAAGAAGAUGAUGGAGCCCAGUACUGGUGUGAAGCAAAGCUGGAACUGGGACCUGAAGGACCACAGCCCCCUCCAGUGGUGAUAUCACAAAAGAUCCCAGUCACUGUGCACUAUAAGCCUCAAAUAGAAUCAUCACUUCCAGAUGAGAUCACCAUCACAGAAGGAAACCCUCUACAACUGAGCUGCUCAGCUGUGGGGAAACCCAGCCCCUCAUACACCUGGAAGCUCCCAUUAGAUAGCCCCUCACCCUCCAAUAGCAGCGUUCUCACUAUCAGCUCUGUAACUUUUGCGGAUGAAGGGUUGUACACCUGUACCGUCAGUAACAGCAGGGGGACUGUCACUGUGAAGUUUAACGUUGAUGUCCAAGUCAACAUGGGAAUCAUUACAGCCGUGAUAAUUGGAGUUUUUGUUCUUGUCAUGAUCGUCUUGGGCCUUCUUGUUUACUUCUAUUGCUACAAACCCAGCCGAGUGGGACAGUACAACCUGAAGGACGUUUUCCGUUUGCACGCACGACACUCCACCGUGCCCUGUGCAGAGUAAGUCUGCGGGAGGACAUAAAAUGUUUAUGGACCUUUGUCGCAUCUCUCUCUCCCUCAUUUCCUGUUAUCUCUCCACUGACACUAUCUAAUGAUAUACAGUACCCCAAAUUAUAUCAUAAAAAUGAGUUGAAUUCAAGUUUUAACUUUAACUUUAACUUAACCUCACUACUGAAUGGAACAAGUCACCAUCUCUCUUUUAUCUGCUGUGUUUACAGAAGCUUUAUAUACAAAUACUGGUUUUGUACAAAAACAUACAGUAGAUCAUGUAGUAGUAGCUUACAGAGACAUUUUAACAGUCAUAACUUUAUAGAAGCAUCAUUUGACAGUCAUUACAAGCAACUAUCCAAUAUGCCUAUAGGGGAUUCCCAUUAAUGUAUGGGGUUUAUUUUUAUGAAAAAUAUUUUGUGAUAAUUGAAAGCAGCUAAUCAGUAAAUCUACAUACAUUUAAAGUACAGUGUUAAAGUCUUACACAGUGUUGCACUGCAACAUGUAUGUAGCUCAGUUCCUUACCACAAAAAUGUGAAUAUUUCACUUUGUCUAGAGUUACAAGACCAAAUCCUCUGUAUGUGUGAAGCAAAUACAAUAUUAUGGGUCACAUCUUCUUUUUUAAGAGACAGGACUUUUUACCUUAUCAUUAUAGAUUUUUCUUGUUCCCACAAAAAGACUAAUGACGUGUUGUCCAUCUCUCAGUGCAUUCCUGCUUUCCUUCCCUGUGUGUAGCACCCAGCCCCAAGUUCAUUAGCUCGGGGUUGAGUGUGUAGCAACAUUGCUCAAAGGGAAGUUCAAACUGCAUUUGUUGGGGACUAUUUUCAGCUGUGGAUUUAUAUACAUUUGGCGCACUAGUGAGUAUUAAAGACAGCAGGAUGUUGUACAUGGGUUGGACUCGACACAAACCACAGUGCCCCUGUUGAUUGUAAUGAAGAAACAUUGGUGCAACCAUUUGACACAUGAUAGGUUUUUAAUAGUUUUGCAGUGGUGGCUAAAAGUUUGGUAGACAGGGUAGUGUAAACGCCACCCUAGGGUCUACUUUAGAUUUAUAAUUGUGCUUUCGUGGUACAUUUUAUGAAACAAAUUUGUAACUCGUCAGAUUGUUACAAAAUCAUUUCCACACACACUCGUGAGGUGUCCUGAGGCAGUUGCUUGUUUUACCUGGUUGGUAAUCCAGCCUUGAGUAGGCUCAGCUCAUUGUUCAUCUUUUCAUGGGAACUGAAUAAUGAAAAUAGAGAAUAUCACCAGACUUAUCCUUGAACGGAUGCACAACCUUGAGUUUGGUAGAGAGCCUCUGGUUCAACAGGUUUAGCAGUAAAUAUAGAAGUGCUGAUAUUGUUGCUGUUGUCGUCAUUUCAGUGCCUUACUCUGUUUGCAUUCCUAUAAACUGUCACUUCAUUGGUUUUUAGAACGUCAGACAAAGGACUGCAGUUCAACAUUAACUAGUUUGCCAGCUCUGGCACAUUUACAGAAAUGUUGAUUAAUGUGCGUUGUCCUGAAAUACACAAAUGUUUUAGUCCAGCUGCAGUUUUAUACAGCGACAUAGUUGAUUAUUGAAGUAGAAUGCUGGCAGACAAAAGUUUACAUUCUAUACCAAUUGUUUGAUAUUAGAAUAUGAAUUUAUAUUAAAUGUAUACAGGCUUAUAAUGUAAAUUGAUAUAUGACUCAAAAGUGGAAGUAGUUUAUAAAUAAAUAAGUAUAAACUUGAAUAACAAAAAAGUUAAAUAAUAAAUUACAACAAUCAAAUUUUUAAAAAAUGAACCAAUUUUAUAUUUUGUCAUUUGCCAAGGGAAAUGAGAAACUAAAUUUAUGUUAUUAAGUCAGUAUUAUGUGGUGCUUAUUGGGCCACACUGGUCUGAAACAAGGUGAAGGUGUUGUUUUUGGUUUCUCUCUGUUGUAUUUUGGCAGUCUUACUGCAAAUGACCUAAUAACUUCAUUCAGAGAUGUGCUGUGUAUAUAUAAAGCUCAAUAUUAUUAUGUGAAAAUGCUUGCACAGGACUUCACAGCUAUGUGUUUAAACCACUGAAACUUUGAGCCUGACCUCAUUCCCGCCCAGCUACUGAUGGUGCAAGUUUCUGUGUGCAUGUAUUUGUAGUGUAUAUCUUUGUGUAUGGUGUAUGCAGUGUAUUCAGAGAUGUGCUGUUUAUAUUUAAAGCACACACACUUUCUGUGUGCGUGUAUGUGUGUGUAUAUUUGUUGUGUACAUGUGUGUAUGGUGUAUGCAUCUGUUGUAUUGCUGUGCUAGCUUAAUGACACUGAAAAAAAGAACUAGAUGCAAGCAAAAACUGUAUAAAACUGAAUUGCUCACUUAAAGAAAAUGCUUUGACCACAUUUAUUUGAAAAUGUAAUUAAAUUAUCACUUUGUACAAAAAA